UGAUGUGACUGAAGUACAAAUCUUCAUAAUAAUCAUGCAUUUACUGGCAGUGAUUGGAGGACCACCUUUUUGGCAAUCUCUGAUCCCGAUACUGAAUAUUCAGGUGAAAAUAUUCCCGGCUCUCUGCACUGUCGCAGGAACCAUAUUCUCCUGUACAAACUACUUUGGGGUGAUCUUCACAGGUGGAGUUGGCAAAAAUGGAUCCACUAUAGCAGGAACGAGCGUCCUUUCCCCUUUCCUUCACAUCGGGACGGUGAUCGCCUUAGCUGCCAUGAUCUACAAGAAAUCUGCCGUGCAGCUCUUUGAAAAGCACCCCUGCUUGUAUAUACUUACUUUCGGUUUUGUAUCUGCUAAGAUAACGAAUAAACUUGUGGUUGCACACAUGACCAAAAGCGAAAUGCACCUGUACGACACAGCCUUCAUAGGCCCAGCACUACUGUUUCUUGACCAGUAUUUUAACAGCUUUAUCGACGAAUAUAUCGUACUCUGGGUUGCCCUGAUCCUUUCUCUCUUCGAUUUGCUUCGAUACUGUGUCAGCGUGUGCAAUCAGAUCGCUGCCCACCUGCACAUCCACGUGUUCCGAAUCAAGCCCUCCUCCGCGCAUUCGAACCACCAUUAGUUAACGGGGAGUCGCUGGGAGGAGAAAGAAGGAAGAGUCGGGUUUUCUACGCGACCGGCUGCGAAGAUAUGUGGGAGACUAAGGCAAAAAAGCAGAUAAGAACAAAGUAAUUUAUAAUAAUCGAUGUCGUAUAACUUUUAUUCUUCGUUAUCGGUAACACUCCUUAACUAGUCUCCUGCCUGAGAGAGUGAAUUCCGAGUACACCCUAGUCAACUCUACAUGUAGUCAACUCUGUUGGUUCGAAGCCCGGGAAAGCAUGCAGGGAGUAAUGCUCUGUCUUUGUAAUUACCUUGAUUACAAAAUAAUCUAUAUAUGGUGAAUGGAUUCCCAACAACUCAAGUUUCUAAUGUAGUAUAAUUACAGCUGCAAUACGACUCGCUUUUAAUUUUAAUAUUUCAUCAUCUCUUAGUGAAAUACUUGUUUAGUGUCCACUUGAAAUUUAUUUACUAAAGACCUGAGCUGGUAAAAAAAAAAAAACAAACCACGGAGAUAUCGCACUAGCUUGUGUAGCUGAAGCAGCUGUCAAGGUUUUGAGUCCAGACUGACGUGGUUCUUUUGCUUACGCGUUGCUGAUAAAGCGGUUUCUUGCUAAAGAAUAAUGCGUUGAACAUGGUUCUGCGAGCGGAAGGGGUGGCCGGCAUGCAAAAUAGUGUGGUAUCUUUGUCGAUUAAUUUUAUUUUUUUAAAUAAACAUUAUCUAAAAAAAGACAACUUAUUUCUCAAUGUGUCUUCAG